UGAAGAUCCGUGGCCGACGACGACGUGUCUCCUUUAUAUGAAACAAAUUUUUAAUUCGAAAUUAUUUAAUUAGGCUUAACACAGACUAUUUUCUUCCGCGUAUCACUACAACCAUUCCUACCACGUUAUCAAAAAAUAUCAACAUUUAAAUCAAACAAUCAUGAGCGUUAUAAAAAAAUAAAGUUUGUGUUUUCACUACGACUGAUGUAAACAAAAGAUUUAACUCCGGAUAUUAUGAAGAAUUGUGAUUUGUGUACAUUUGUGACUGCAUGAGGCGUGUUUUAGAGUAUUUUAGGAGGACUAUUAGAAGACAUAAGAUCUCGAAAAUGAGUGCAGUGAGCAGGGACGCGCCUAUAGGCGUGCAGUGCCUUCAGAAACUCAGCGGCAUCUUUUGUCCUCGGUUUCAGACGAAUAGACUACUUUUGUACCAAGUGACAGUUCUAGCGUUGACAUACUUCACGUACAUGACGUACCACCUGACGCGCAAGCCCAUCUCCGUGGUGAAGAGCGUGCUGCACAGAAACUGCAGCGAGCUGCCGCCGCCGCCCGACGUCGGCCCCGGGGACGACCAGUGGUGCAACUGGCCGCCUUUCAACACGACAGAUGCGAACACGUUGCUGGGCACGCUGGACUCUGCGUUCCUGUUCUCAUACGCGGGCGCCAUGUUUGUUUCUGGGAUGGUGGCCGAGCGCGUCGACCUCCGCUACUUCCUGUCGCUGGGGAUGCUGUUCUCGGCGGCGUUCUGUUACCUGUUCGGCGUCGCGAAGACGUACGACAUCCAUCACAUCUCCUACUACCUCCUGGUCCAGGCUGGAGCGGGUAUAGCGCAAACAACGGGAUGGCCGGGUACGGUCGCCAUCGUGGGGAAGUGGUUCGGACACACGAAAAAAGGACUUAUAUUUGGUAUUUGGAACUCGCAUACGUCGCUCGGCAACAUACUGGGCACGCUGAUGGCGGCAGCAUUCGUGGAGAAGGACUGGGCGCUGUCGUUCAUAUACCCGGCGGCUGUCAUGGCCGCCGUCGGGUUUGUCGUGUUUCUGUUUCUGCCGCCCGAGCCCCGGUGCGUCGGCGUCGUGCUGCCCUCCGCCGGCGAGAGAGAGUACCGACCGUCACGUUCUGAUGAUGAAGAGGACGCCACAGAAGUUAUAGUAGGAGAUCAGACGGCGAGCCUCAGGCCCCACCGGCACUCCACCAACGCCCCGCCGUCGGAGCUGACCGCGCUCCUCGCCCCGCGCGGCGCCUCUAGUGCCAUCUCGCUCUCGCGCGCGGUCGCAAUCCCCGGAGUCAUGGAGUUCUCACUGUCUCUGUUCUUCGCUAAACUCGUCUCUUAUACGUUCCUGUAUUGGCUGCCGUUGUACAUCAACACUUCCACGCACCUCACUCCCAAACAGUCCGGCGACCUGAGUACAGUGUUCGACAUUGGAGGUAUAGCGGGCGCGAUCGCGGCCGGACUUGUGGCCGACUGUACCGGCUGUCCGGGGAUAGUCUGCGUCGCGUUCUACACUGCCAGUGCGCCGUUCUUGCUAGCGUACCAGCGCUGGGGCGCGGCGUCGUACUGGCUGAAUGUGACGCUGCUGGCGCUCACCGGCGCGCUCGUCAACGCGCCCUACUCGCUCAUCACCACCGCCGUCAGCACGGAGCUUGGUACACACAGCAGUCUAGCUGGCAACUCGCAGGCUCUGGCGACGGUGACCGCCAUCAUUGACGGCACAGGGAGCGUUGGCGCAGCUAUAGGUCCGAUGCUGGCGGGCGUGGUGUCCAGCAGUGGGACCUGGUCCCACGUGUUCUACAUGCUCAUCAGUUGUAACUUGAUGGCCCUUUUAUUGCUGCUCAGGGUGGUGAAACACGAAAUCGCCAAGUUAAGACAAGAACGACGGUCGACGUCCCCGCGGGUCGUGCGGAUAGAGUGAGCGAAAUGUACAAUAAAUAAUAACUGAAUUAUCUGACUUAAAAUCAUAGUGAGAUACCACCAAAUUUCAAUGGAAAAAUAAUUAAACAAAUAUCUCUACAGUUCAUAGUCGGCUUUACCGACUACAGUUACAUGAAAAUAAAAUAAAUAUAAAGCUAGUCGGUAAAGUCGACUAUCCCGCUAUAAUUGGCUGACUUAUAAUUCAGCGACAGGCCAAUAGAUACUGACUUAUAUUUUUAUGAUGUUGAAUUUAUUUACUUUUACAGCCAAAUCUAAAAAUUUAAUAAAAUAAUUUUAAUAAAGAUGGUGCCUAGUCGUCGAAGCCGACUAUUGACCGUGUUUAAAUCUACGUUUAGUCGGCAAUGCUGACCACAUUUAGAUUGCACAUGGCUAUUUAUAGCUUGUAUGAUUUUCAGUGAAUCUCUUUUAUGACAGGGAUUUUUUAGAAUAGUAAUUCCGAACAGAAUUGUUGAUAUAUGCAGGGUUGAGGUCCCGCCUGACCACAAUGUAUAAUAACUGCAAAAUAAUAUGACCACUCCAUAUCCUCUCGUGAAUGUCGUACAAGGCAUCUAAGGGACCCAGCUUUGGCAGCUGAUAGGCAACAGCAUUCCAAAGGAGGGUUAAUGUGAGGCGGUCGGUUGUAAAAUCACUGCCGAUUUUCAACAUUUUACGGUUUAUUUAUUUUUCACCGACCCCAGACUUCGCGACGUCACGCGCGAGGAGAAUGUCAAUGACUUGCAUUGACGUGUGGGCAGUGCUAUUGAGUUUGCAAUGACUGUACAGUUCGUAGUUUCCAGUCCUAACAUGUGAUCAAUCGUCACGGCUAUUGUUGAAUUAUAAAUCAAAAAUCAAAUAUACACAUUCUAAAGUUAAACAUUUAUUGACCGCGACAAUAAUUUCCUAAAAUGUCAAUAAUUAUUUAAAUGUAUUUGUUACACAUGUCGCACAUGUUUUUAACUUAUUUUUGAAAAUAUUAAUGAGAUGAAAAUAUUCUGGCAUCGAGCGGGAAUUGAACCCGCGCCCCCGUCUAUCCGGCACAAGAGCUAGCUCAGUGGUCAAGAGCACUGGCUCUUGACCACUGAGCUAUCGAGACCAUGCCAGUUCGGCUGAAUUAAUUCAUCUGUUUACGUCUCACGCCGACGUACAGUAUUUUCACUAGAAGAAUAGCAGGUACUCUUAAAUAGACAGGGGCGCGGGUUCAGUUCCCGCUCGAUUCCAGAUUUUUUUCAUCUCAUUAUUAUAAGUCAAUAAUUAUGUUGUAAAAUCAUAAAAAGACAAGGUGGGAUUGUUUACAUAAUAAGACGGAGAAAAAUCGGAGUUUAGGUAGGUACGUUGGUUUGUACAUCAAAACACAUUUUUGUUCAAUUGAAAACAAAAUAAUGCAUUUUUUUAAAUAUUCCCUUCAAUACAUACCUGCGUUUGAUUUUUUUUUUAUUUAGUAAAAUGUAUGUUUUAAUUUUUUAUUCCAAUUAAAGGUACUGUGUGAUAAAUAAGUAUAAUUAGUACUAAAUAACGGCCCGAACAGUUUGAAGGCUCUGAUCUCGGAAACUAUAUACUGUGGGCGAUGGGUCGACGAAGCUACCCAAUCACAGUGCGGCAUUGUGACGCAACGUCAACCACACCGCAUUGUGAUUGGUUCGCUUCGUCUCACUGCGAAUCGACUCGAUAGUGAGAUAUGAAUUGAAAACCCACAACUGGCCCUCUACUCUGAUUUGGGAAAUUCUGUGCACGAUAGCUAUCUUCAUGUGGUUUGACGAUCCAGAAUUGGCUACUUGACUGAGUAUAACAUUAAAUUAAUACAAUAAUUAAAUGACACUUUAUCGGUUUUAUUAAUUACGUUAUACAAUGAAUUUUACGAGAUUAAUUUUUCGGUCUCAUUAGUUUUUUUAAUCCAAAAUCCGUGACGUCACAAUACAUUCAUUAAAGUUUUUUGUCAUUAGAAAAAAGUAUCUGAUUUGACUAGUAGCCAAUUACGAAAUUCCCACGAGAACGAAUUCGAAAUUACUUGUAAAUUACAUAACGUUUGAAGUAUUUUUUUUUUAGUUAAAUAAAGUUAGUUUGACAGCACUUACAUAGGAUGCCCCAGGACAGAGAUGGUUGGCGGAGACGGAAGGAGGGCUACCCCCAGCAGUGGGUCACGGGGGGCUGCAGGGGAUCAUGAUGACUACUGUCAGUUACUUUAGUGUAUAGAAAAAUCUUUGAUAGUAUUGUAGACUGUGUUUCAAUGAUUUGUUUUAUUUUGUGUGUUAAUUUAAUAAGGGAUGUAAUAAAUUAUUAGAGUUAUUUUUAGACACUUUGUAGUGUCUUGAAAAUUUUUUAUGUCAACUGACAGAAUAAUGAGAAGAAAAAAUGGUACUUCCAGUUUUAUGUAAUACGCGAGGCGUAUUUUGUUAAGAAAAGUUGCAAAAAGAUUUGCAGUUCUUUUUAAUUUUAUUCUUUGAGGCAUAUGUUUCUUUUGACAAUGCCUUAACGAAUUGUGCGCGCAUUUGGUCAAAAUUCUUCUAUUAAUAAUUGAAACAAUUUGCUUAAAAUUGUCUUAUACAUAUAUAAUAUAGAAAUAUCGGACUACAACUUAAAUAGGAAAUUGUAAAUAAAUGUACAAAAGAAAUAUGUAUAUGAUGUAAUAAAUGUUAUUUACAAUUAU